ACGACAGAGAGGCGGAGAAGCAGCUGAGAGCAAAAGGGUUGAUCAGAAAAGCAGGGGAGGAGCUGAAGUGCUUCGGCGGGGAGUGCUUUAAGCUGUCGUUUGUUGUGAUUACGGCGGUGACUUUGUUGGGUGUAUUUGUUUCGUUGAUUUUGGUUAUUAGAACGAGGAGUUUUUACAAGAGUGACAUUUAUAAGAGGUUUCGAGAGGAGGCUGAAGCAGAGGUCGCCGGAAAUGGGGCCACCGGAGAGGCGGAAUUGGAAAGGAGAAACCGGUAGGAAGAAAAUUGGGAUUUGGAAUCAGACGAGAGACAAGUUGUUGUGUGAAAUCCAAACGUUGGAAGAAGAAGAACAGACAGAUUUUUUUGAUCUCCAUGGCUUCUUCCGAAGGUACAACGUUUGUCCUUUGUCGUGAUUAGUUGUAGUAGCAAAAAGGUUGCUUUAUUACAAGUUUGCCAAUAAACUUUUAAUAUGGUAUAUUUUUAGUAACCUCGGAACUUAAAAAAAAAAAAAGAUUGUAAAUUAAAAGCAACAAGUUUAUA